UUGGGCCACACUCCGGCUGUGUUUCUGGACCGGACCAUUUGCGUGCGUGCUCUAGUGUGAGUUUGGAAGUGGUUUGGACCGCGGAGUGGUGCCACUGCUUAGUGCAAGGUGCCACACGUAUCUCUGUCAGUCUGUCAGGCGAACACCACGCGUCCAGGCGAGGUGGAGAAGAAAAAAAAAGGAGGGGGUGCAAGAAAGGAAGACAGACAAUGCGGUUUUGCGAUGCGUUUAUUCCUUUGUGCAAUCCACUCCCACUUCGAUGAAAAGAUGAUGUGUACAACAUGAAUUUCUUGUGAUUUGUCCAUUUUUCCCUGUAUUUUUGCGAUCACGCUGACUGAAUUUACCUGCAUUUUCACUGAGCCAAACCUAGAGAUGAAAUUUCCAAUAGAAAACCCGAGAAAACAAGUUAACUGGGAUCCAGAACAAGUGGCAGUCCAGACCAACUUGGUCCCUCCCAAAAAGGUCCAGCCUGGCAUGGUGAAGUCAACCCUGGUCCAGGCAAGUGUUGCCACCAUGCAAAACCCAAUGGGCUGCGACCCGAAAGCCAGUGGUCACUGUCCACUGCCACGUCUGUCCAUCUCAUCUCGCUCUGCCAGUGUUGUGGCUAGCAUGGACACCAACUCUGAUGGCUCGACAGCAGGGCCCCACACAGUGAUGAAGUGGAAGACGGUGCUGGCGGUGUUCAUUGUGGUUGUUCUCUACCUGGUUUGUGGAGGUCUUGCCUUCAGGGCUCUGGAGCAGCCAUUUGAGAGCAACCUGAAAACUAGCAUCACCCUGGAGAAGGCCUCUUUCCUCGAAAGACACCCAUGUGUUACUCCCAGUGAGCUGGACGCCAUCAUCAAGCAUGCUAUAGAUUCUGUGAGUGGUGGAGUGAGGCCUACUGGAGACACAUUGUACAAUUCCAGUCACUGGGACCUGGGCAGUGCCUUCUUCUUCGCUGGAACUGUCAUUACAACUAUCGGUUACGGAAACAUAGCUCCGAGCACGGAAGGCGGGAAAAUCUUUUGCAUCCUUUAUGCCAUAUUUGGCAUCCCUCUCUUUGGCUUCUUGUUGGCGGGGAUCGGAGACCAGCUGGGGACCAUCUUUGUAAAAAGCGUCUUAAAAGUUGAAAAGAUAUUCAGGCAAAAACACAAGCAGAUUAGCCAGACGAAGAUAAGGGUCACAUCCGUUAUCCUGUUCAUCCUGGCUGGCUGCAUUGUCUUUGUCACCAUCCCUGCUGUCAUCUUCAAACACAUUGAGGGCUGGACCACACUGGAUGCCAUCUACUUUGUCGUGAUCACGCUCACUACAGUGGGAAUAGGAGACUAUGUGGCAGGUGGAAAUCGCAAGAUCGACUACAUGAAGUGGUACAAGCCUCUGGUGUGGUUCUGGAUCCUCAUAGGUUUAGCGUACUUUGCAGCCGUCCUCAGCAUGAUCGGAGACUGGCUCGAAAUACUGUCUAAAAAGACCAAAGAGGAGGUUGGGGAGUUUAAAGCACAUGCUGCUGAAUGGAAGGCAAAUGUCCGAGCAGAGUUUCGUGAAACUCGACGGCGUCUGAGUGUUGAGAUCCAUGACAAGCUCCAGCGGGCUGCCACCAUCCGUAGCAUGGAGCGCCGUCAGCUUGGCCUAGAGCAGCGAGCUCACUCCCUUGACAUGCUGUCACCAGAGAAACGGGCUUUGUUCGCCAGUCUGGAUGCUAGCCGCUUCAAGACGUCCUCCCAAGAGAGCAUCGACAGCAAACUGAACAACCUGAGGUUGAAGGGGGCAUGCGAGCCGUACGAUCUUCAGGGAAACGAGCAAACGCAAGAGACCGCAUCAUCUUCAGAGGAAAAUCUCUUCAACCUACGAUUCGGAUCCCUCAGUAAGCUGGCCAGGCGCAACAAGAACCGUGAACUGCGGAGGAACAUACCUGAAGAUGUUCGGCGGGCAAGUUUAAGCAUAAACAAUAGCAGCGCCAUGCUCGGGGAGGAGAGAACGGAGGAAGAAGAAGAUGGUGAGCCAGAUGAGGAAAACAAAGAAAGAAAAGAGGGAAACACCAGUCUGACAAACCUCUCACAGUACACAAUGGAGCGCUCAAAGUUGAAUGGGUUCACACCGGCACUGGCCAAAGACAGUGAGAAUAAUUAAGUAUUGAAUGCACAAACACUUCAUCCACAUACAAGGAGUGUUGAGACAGGAAGAGUGAAAGAUACUCAGACUGGGAGAGUGCACAGUCCUUUGAGAUGUCAAGAAAUGUGCCUUUCUGUUUCCUAUGCUUAGAUUGGAACUGCUCCCAAGAAGUCAGUCAUCAUGCCAUAGCUAUGGGAAGAAAAUGUGUUGCCAAAAAUGAAUAAAACUAACGGUGCAGAAGAGGGUGCAGUAGAAAUACCUCAUUGAGAUGUUGCUGUUAAAUAGGCUACUUAAGAACUUUGAUUUCUACAGGAGCAGUAUUGAACAGCUCUGUUGCUUUUUUUAGCCCUCAAGGCUCUUCUUCCAUCUGUUCAUGCUGAAUCGUAUUUUUUUUUAACAAUGUGGGCAGGACCGUUUGAGAGCUAGAUUCAUGCCAUUCAUUCAGUAAUAUUAUUGAUCUAUGGGUUGUCAUCUCAUACUCUAGGGGUCUAUUUUUAGCCCAGCAGCAUGCUACAAAGUGACUUUAAUAUUUAUCAAACAGAGGAAAGUAGGUUGUGUUUUUGCUGGAUCACCAGGCAGUAUUUACCUAGAUGACAUGUAGAACUGUUGCUACAUUAUGUUUGGCUUUGAAAAUGUAGCCUGAUGCGAAAAACUACAAUAUGUUAACAGCUUGAAAAAACAAUCUGAAGUGCAUGGUACCAACCAUAACCAUUCAUUGCUGGCAUAAACUAACUGGAAAGCUUGAAUUUGCAGCUAUCAUAAUGAGCAAAAUACACUUCUUUCAUUACUACUCUUCUCUCAACAGACAAACAAUGUGUCUCUGUAAUGAUUGUUACCAUUUUCUGAAUUGUGAAUCAACACAGACAAACAUACACAAACGCAGACUGUCGGUAAUGUAAAACACAAUUGCAUUUUUUUAAUGACAUUCAAAUGAUCACAAACACAUGGAGAGUGUUUGGAUGGAUUUUAAUUGAUGAAUGUGAUGCUGUUAAUUUGUAUUCGCCAAGCAUGUUUACAUCUAUGUUUACUUCUUUUUUUAAAUCACCCAAGUUGUAUUUUUCAUUGAACUGUAAAAUAUACUGAACGUGUUUCUUUUUUGUAUUGCUUUUUUAACAACACAACUCACAAAGCAUCUUGACACUGCUAUGUGUAGACGGGGGCAUUUCUUAAAAUUUUAGUCCAUUUUCACUUGAUUUGUAUUUUGCAAACAUUUACUGACACUCAAAAACAGCUUUAAAUUUUACAGGAUUAAAUGUACCACUGUUGUACUUUGCAUGCGUUCCUCAAGGUGGACAUUACACACACACACACACACACUGAUUGUUCCAGUAGCCUGCUUAUCUGAUAGCAUUAACCUUUCCAUGACCCUAACCUGUGACACACUGAGCAGCUGUUUGUUGUGUACAGUUUAUUUUUGUCACAUUAAAUGUAGUGAGUGCCUUUUUAAAACAGAAUAAAUGAA